CUUGUUCUUCACACCCACCAUGUGGCACCCGGCGACACCGCCGCCGGCCAAGCCAUUGCUGAUUACUUAAGCCUCCUCUGCUACUCACACUCCUCUUGAUGGCUGCUUCGUCUAGCUCUAGCUCGGCCAAGAAUUAUUAGGUGUGGUGCAGUGGGAGGAGAGAUAAAGGUUGAGGCUUUUGGUGAUUGGAAAGGGGAGGAGGGAGAUGGAUAGGUUGGUGAUACCGGAGCCGACGAAUGAGGUGGUGGUGCGGGUGGAGCCAGGGAGGCCGGCGAGGGGGGAGCUGACGCUGAGGAACGCGAUGCACACCAUGCCGGUGGCGUUCAGGCUGCAGCCGGCGGUGAGGGGCCGCUUCGCGGUGAGGCCGCACACGGGGAUCUUGGCGCCGCUCGCCGCGGUGACCGUGGAGGUGGCGUACCUGGCCCCGGCGGCGCCGGAGGGUCCGGGAGGGGCGGCCGGCCGCGGGGAGGACGCGUUCCUGCUGCACAGCGUGGUGGCGCCCGGCGCGGCGGUGAGGGAGCCCGUCAUGGCGCUUGACUCGGUGAACCCGGAGUGGUUCUCGGCGAGGAGGAAACAGGUGUUCGAGGACAGCGGCAUCAGGGCGUGCUUCGUGGGCGCCGCUGUGGCUGCGCGUUUGGUCGAGGCCGGCGCGGUGGAGGAGCUGAGGGAGGUGCUCGACCGCAGCGAACCUGAGUGGCGCGCGGCGGACGCCGUCGACGAGUCCGGGCGCACGCUGCUCGACCUCGCCGUGGGCCUCGGCCGCGCUGACAUCGUGCAGGUGCUGCUUGAGUACGGCGCCGACGCCGACAAGCCGAGCCGCGGGCGAACACCACUCGAGACAGCCGCAGCCUCGGGCGAGUGUCUCAUCGCCGAGCUCCUCCUAGCGAACGGCGCGACGCCGGCUGGCUCCGACGCGCUCCAUGUGGCCGCGGCCGCCGGCCACAGCGAUGUUCUGAAGCUGCUUCUUGGAAAGCCCGCGUCAGCUUCUCCCUCGUCCGCAUCCUCCGCGUCCUUCUCUUGCUCCUUCACAUCCAUCGACGCAGCGGGGAGGGACGGAAAGACUCCUCUGCGGCUGGCGGCGGAGGCCGGGAGGAGGGACGCCGUGAAGGCGCUUCUCUCCGCUGGCGCGAGGGCCGACGCGAGGUGCGGCACGGACGGCGGCACCGCCCUACACGCCGCGGCGAGGCGCGGGGACGAGGUGAUCGCGCGCCUCAUCCUCGCGAACGGCGCUGCCGGCACGGCGGCGGUGCGCGACGCUGCCGGGAAGACGGCCUUCGAGAUCGCCGCGGAGGAGUGCCACGCCGGGAGGAUCAUGGACUUACUCGGCCUCGGCGAAGCCAUCCUCGCCGCGGCGCGCAAAGGCGAGGCGCGGUCCGUCCGCCGCGCGGCCGACGGCGGCGCGUCCCUGGAGGGACGGGACGCGCACGGGUGGACGCCGCUCAUCCGCGCCGCGUUCAAGGGCCGGGUCGACACCGUGCGCGACCUCGUCGACCGCGGCGCCGACAUAGAGGCCGCCGACGCCGACGGCUACACGGCGUUGCACUGCGCCGCCGAGGCGGGGCGCGCCGACGUGGUGGACCUCCUCCUGAAGACCGGCGCGAACGCCAAGGCCAUGACGGUGAAGAACAGAACAGCCGCGGAGGUCGCGGCCGCCGCGGGCAAAUCCAAGGUGGUUCGUAUGCUCGAGAAGGCCGGCGGGAUGGGGCGCAAGGAGAUCGCCGAGAAGGCGUCGCCGGCGCUGGUGGGGAAGGCGGGGAGCCUGGACAGGAGGCGGAGAGGGAGGAAGGGGAGCAGUGGCGCCAUACGGUUUGGUGGCGGGAAGGAGGGGUUUGAAUCUGCCGCGGUUUCCGUCGGUUGGUCGCAUUAAUGUCGCGCUUGUCUUCAGUUUGAGGUGGAAGAUUCAGAUGGAUUAGUUGGAGAUUGUGAUUAGUUUUGGAUGAGAGGUGAUUACUGAUUUUAUUUUGAAGGAUGGUUUAAAUGUUUUUUACCUAGUAUUGUGGUAUAUGUGCAUUUUUGUAUAAAAAAAGGGUUUGUUUAUA